GAAGAGAACGAUGCGUUUAUGCGGCAUCGUUCCCCUGCUUCGUUGUCAUUCAUAAAUUAAUUCAUCAAAAUUUCACAAAACCACCAGGUUUAGAAAGAGAGAGAGAAUUAGGCCGAGUUUUAGAGAGAGAAAUGGAGAAUAAACCCGAGGAGGAGGAGGAGGAGAAGGUGGAAGAGAAGGACCAGGUCGCUUCCAUGGCCGGAGAUGAGGAAGAAGGUGCGGUGGUGGGUUCGAGCUUGACCAUGGAGAGGGUUGCUGCAGCUAAGAAGUUCAUCGAGAAUCACUACAGGUCUCAGAUGAAGCACAUCCAGGAUCGCAAAGAAAGGCGCUCUGUACUAGAAAGGAAGUUAGCUUCAGAACAAGUAUCAGAGGAAGAACAAAUGAAUCUGAUGAAGGACUUGGAGCGCAAAGAAACUGACUUUAUACGACUGAAAAGGCACAAGAUUUGUGUUGAUGAUUUUGAUCUUCUAACCAUCAUUGGGAGAGGUGCCUUUGGAGAGGUCAGAUUGUGCAGGGAGAAGAAGUCAGGGAACAUCUAUGCCAUGAAAAAGUUGAAAAAAUCUGAAAUGCUUAGCAGGGGACAGGUUGAGCAUGUUAGAGCUGAAAGGAAUUUGCUUGCCGAGGUUGGCAGCCACUGUAUUGUCAAACUAUACUAUUCAUUCCAAGAUGAUGAAUACUUAUAUCUCAUCAUGGAAUAUCUGCCUGGUGGUGACAUAAUGACUUUACUAAUAAGAGAAGAAACUUUGACGGAGACUGUAGCUAGAUUUUACAUUGCUCAAAGUGUUCUUGCCAUUGAAUCCAUUCACAAACACAACUACAUUCACAGAGAUAUAAAACCUGACAACCUUCUUUUGGACAAAAAUGGUCACAUGAAGCUCUCUGAUUUUGGUCUUUGCAAGCCUCUUGACUGCUCAAAUUUAUCUACCAUUCAAGAAAAUGAAGUCUUUGAUGGUGAUAACUUGAAUGAUACGACGGAUCUGGAAGGAUACUCUACAGAUAUUAAAGGUGGGAGACGCUGGAAAAGUCCCAUGGAACAACUUAAACAUUGGCAGAUGAAUAGGAGGAAAUUGGCAUUUUCAACAGUAGGCACUCCAGAUUACAUUGCUCCAGAAGUGUUGUUGAAGAAAGGAUAUGGCAUUGAGUGUGAUUGGUGGUCACUUGGUGCAAUAAUGUAUGAGAUGCUUGUUGGAUAUCCACCCUUCUACUCUGAUGAUCCAAUAACAGCAUGUAGAAAGAUUGUGCAUUGGAAAAAUCACUUGAAAUUUCCCGAGGAGGCAAGGUUGUCACCUGAAGCAAAGGAUCUGAUCGGCAGGUUGCUUUGUGAUGUUGAGCAUAGACUUGGUACAGGAGGAACUGACCAAAUUAAAGCUCAUCCUUGGUUCAAAGAUACCUUAUGGGAUCAACUUUAUGAGAUGGAGGCUGCAUUUAAACCAGAGGUCAAUGGGGAGCUUGAUACACAAAAUUUUAUGAAAUUUGAUGAGGUGGACCCACCAAAACCAGCAAGAACUGGAUCCGGAGCCAUGAGGAAGAUGUUGAUGACUCCUAAAGAUCUUAGUUUUGUUGGAUAUACAUACAAGAAUUUUGAGGCCGUCAAAGGGUUGCAUCAUUCUUCUGGCACAAAAAGGACUACAGAACCAAACCGAUCGUCGACUGACUCAGCUCACAGUGAUUCUGCAAUAGAUUACCAAGCGGAAUACUUGACAGAGGCCACUGGAAAGAUGGUGCUUUCUUCUUCAGGGGAUGUCAUGUAAUACCAAUAUUCACAUGAACAGAGCCACGUUGUCUUUACUAACAAAAGGACCAGGGAUUUUCAUGAAGCGAAUGGGUAUCCCUGCUUUUUUUUUUUUUAAGUCAGGUUCUGCCAAACCGUGAAUACCUAGUGUACAGUGUUUCAAGGAAAUUUUUGAUGUAGAAGUAGCAGUAAUUAGGUGACUGGAAGUUUUUUGUCUCUAAGUGAACUCUCUUGAGUUUUUAGUAAGGUCUUUACUACCCAGGUUGGCUAACCAAAUAUGCCUUCACUUGUGGCAGUUUUUGGUCUUAUUUGUUUUUGUUUUUCUCCUCUCCUUUUUUUUGGGGGGUCAGACUUGAGUAUUUAUGAAUUCUGAUGGUUGUGUAUGAAACAAGAAUUUCAGGGUGAUUUGUUUUUUUUGGUUAAAGAUGAACUUCAAGGUAA